AUGGCUACUCUGCCUCGCUUGAACCGUAGCCAACCACUCUCUGACUUCGUCAAGGCCCUCGAGCAGCAUGGUUGCCUCGUGAUCACUGACUUUACAGAUAAGCAGACGGUUGACCAAGCUAACACCGAAGUCAGACCUCACCUAGACGCUCAAACCAAUGGCGCAAAGGUCGGAGCACUUUCAGGGAAUACUCAAACAGUGACCCGGCUAAUUAGUCGAUCACCAACUGUUCGAGAGAAGUUCUAUGCCGAUCCACUAUAUCAAAAUCUUUGUGAGCACUUUCUUACGCUCGAGACAACGACGUUCUAUGGUGAUGAGGCAAGGACGAGCAAGAGCCAUCCCUUGUUAAGCAUCGCAAUCACGUUUGCCAUUCCACCAGGAACACCUGCACAAGGACUUCAUCGCGACGACAAGAAUCACCAUCAUCGACAUACAGCUGUUGAGCAAUACAAUCAUGGCCGCGACAUGCUACUCGGUUUGUUCGUGCCAGGAUGUGAUACGUUCAGAAAGAACGGGGCUACGAGGGUCGUGCCAGGCUCGCAUCUAUGGGGGGACGACAAGCCGGACUUUGGUAAUGUUAACAAGACAGUCGUCAACGCAGAGAUGAAGGUUGGUGAAGCAUUCAUUAUGCUUGGGAGCACAUAUCAUGGUGGAGGUGAGUACGCGGAAGCACUAAGCGGGAAUACCUCGAGUAUGGGCGAGAGACGUAUAGUCUACGCCAUGUUUUCAUGCUCGGGUGUGCAUAGGCAGGAGGAGGUGAGCUUCUUGUCGUAUUCGAUUGAGGAAGUAAGAGGUUACUCGAAGCUGGUCCAGGAUAGAUUGGGGUGGAAGCAGAGUGAGCCGAACCUUGGAUGGGUGGAUCUGAAGAGUCCUGAGUUUAUGUUGGCUUGA